ACAAGAUUUUGCUAACUGGCUUUUGCAACUUGGAGAAGAUCGCCCAGAACAUACUGCAGAACGAGACGAUUAUAUUAAGCUUCCAGAUGAUAUUCUUCUACCUUUCCAAAAUAUACAAGAUUUUAUUAAUUUUGUUUAUCCCGAUCUUACUUCCGUUAAUACUAAUUCUUCUUAUUUUGUAAACCGUG